AGUCUGCAACACAGUCGGCUUUGCUCUCAGCCAGAUCAGCUGUUUGGGUUUUUCUGCAGACGGCUGCUGCGCGGGUUUUCCCUCCUCCGGUGCAGGAUUUCAGCUGGCGUUUCCCGUCUGAGCUGCGCGGGGAGGGAAGUUGAGGAGAGGAGAAGGGAGGGGAGGCGCGGUAGGCGGGCGGCCGGAGUCCUGGUCCAGGUCCAGGAUGGAAGCUGCGCCUGGAGUCGCUGCGCCAGGAGCCGCUCCGGGGAGCCGGCUGGAGAGGAGCAGCCACUCCGCCUUCAUCAGGGACAACACGCUGUACGUGUGGGGGGGCUACCAGGUAGUUGCUGGACAGGACGUCCUCUUGCCCAGUGAUGAGAUAUGGCUCUGCGACUUAGACAGCGGGACGUGGGAGUGGAAGGAGAUCUCUGGAGACGUUCCUCCAGACCUGUCAGACGCCUGUGCGUCUAAUCUGAACAACACUCUCUACAUCUUUGGAGGAUGUGAUGCUGCAGGAGGAUACUCAAACCAGAUGUUCAGCGUUGACGUCUCCCAGCCGUGCCUGUCCUGGAAGAGGGUGACGGACACCAAAGGAAAGACGCCGUCCCCGCUCAACAAACACUCCUGCUGGGUGCACAGAGACAGAUUAAUCUACUUUGGUGGGUAUGGCUGUAAGACCAUGGGAGAGGUGCAGAGCACGUCGUCUUCAAGCUUCGUGGUAGAAGAGAUGUCAUGGACAACAAUUGGAGACACUUUAUUUCGGUGCUGGGGAUGGAACAACGAGGUGAAUGUCUUUGACACGCACUCGGCCACGUGGAGCACGCCAGCGACUCAAGGUUCUGCUCCUGCCCCGAGAGGCUGCCAUGCCAGCGCCCUGCUGGGGAACAAAGGCUACGUCACCGGUGGAGUGGAGACAGCAGAGUUAGAUGUUUUCUGCUUGGACUUGGAAACAUGGACCUGGGCUCAACUUGACAUCUCCUCCUCUUGUGCACCUCUGGGCCGCUCCAUGCACACCAUGACGCCGACAUCGGACCACACGCUCUUCAUCUACGGUGGUCUCGGCUCAGACGGAAACACUCUCGAUGACGGCUGGCAGUUUAACACGCUCAGCAGAGAGUGGGCCAGGGUGGCGCACUCCCACAAGGACAAACCCAGGGUGUGUCACACAGCGUGCCCGGGCAGUGACAGCGACGUCGUGGUGUUCGGAGGAAGCAGCAACCUCUGCAUCCGCGUGGACUCUAUGGCUGUUCUGAGGGCUCCAUCGCAACAUCACUGCAAGGACGUGCUCAUCUUUCCGACGCAGCCGUACUCGCUCUUCAGAUUGUGCGAGGAUUUUAUCGGAAGAAACCCGGAGCUGUUCAGGCGCCAGCUCGUCUGGCUCCCCUCGAAGCUGCACAGCAAAAUUAAAAAAAGAGCGGCCUUCUUCUCCACCACGAAGCCAGGUCUUACUGAUCUUACAGCCUGAAGGACUGUCCAUUUUACUUAUGAGAUUCUGAGCCAGUUUCUUAUGAAAUGUGCAUUUUUGUCUCGAUUAUGUUUUUACUAACUAAACUGGACGGUGCUACAAUUUCUUUGUUUUAACUUUAAACAUUUGUAAAUAAAGUCUUUGUUUUAGACACUAUAGAUAACAGUUUAAUGGUUUAACGUGCACUUAAUAAAGAUACUAUUGAUUUA